CUUUCAACCGCAGCAACAGUUUGUCCGUCACCUCGGUAGCUUGCCUCGACAUAAUAGCCGAACCAAUAAAGCUCUUUAGACGCUUUAGUGUAUAUUAGCCACUGUGUUUUAAACCCAUUUCCCCCCUCUAGUUAGUUAUCCGAUUUAAUUUCAUAUUUACUGUGUUAUUAGUCAGCUAGCGGGCUGGUUAAGUUAGCAUUAGCCUAGCUAGCUAACAUCUCCGACCAUGAGGUCACUUAGCUACUCUCCUGAUAAAAAAGUGAAAGAGGAGGAGGAAGAGAAGGAUGUUACAAUACAAAAACAAGUAGAGGGUGAGGCCGUUACCGUGAAAGAAGAGAAAGACGUUUCAGUGAAAGAAGAGGAAGACGUGUUCAGAGUAAAAGAAGAGGAAUACUUGUUCAGAGUAAAAGAAGAGGAGGAUGCAGUUGUUGAAGUGAAAGAGGGGGAGAUGAUUGUCACAUCGAAAAAGGAGGGGGAAGAAGAGGAUGAAACGGGAUAUCUGGGCCCGGUUUCCCAAAGGCAUCUUAAGGCAUCCAAUGGUUCUAACGAUGAACGUUCCCUGAUUAACACUAGAGAGAGUGGGGACUAUUGUGGAUCCUCUGGGGAUCCUCAACAACCUCAUGAUGCUGAAGAGGCAGAGAAGAAUCUCUCCAGAUCAAAACACCUCAAGAAACAUCUGCAGAGAUCCACAGGGAAGAGAACUCACUUCUGCUCUGACUGUGGGAAGAGAUUCACCUCAUCGGGCAUUAAAAUUCAUCAGAGAACACACACAGGAGAGAAACCUUAUAGCUGUGGUCAAUGUGGGAAGAGUUUUCCUCAAUCUGGCUCUCUGACAGUACACCAGAGAACACACACAGGAGAGAAACCUUAUAGCUGUGAUCAAUGUGGGCAGAGUUUUGUUCAAGCUAACAAUCUGACUCGACACAAGAGAACACACACAGGAGAGAAGCCUUAUAGCUGUGGUCAAUGUGGGAGGAGUUUUACAACAUCUAGCUCUCUGACAGUACACCAGAGAACACACACAGGAGAGAAACCUUAUAGCUGUGGUCAAUGUGGGAAGAGUUUUGGUCAAUCUGGAGAGCUGACAGUGCACCAGAGAACACACACAGGAGAGAAACCUUAUAGCUGUGAUCAAUGUGGGAGCAGUUUUCCUUCAUCUAGCUAUCUGACAGUACACCAGAGAACACACACAGGAGAGAAACGUUAUAGCUGUGAUCAAUGUGGGAAGAGAUUUACUUUCUCUGGCACUCUGACUCAACACCAGAGAACACACACAGGAGAGAAACCUUAUAGCUGUGGUCAAUGUGGGAGGAGUUUUACGACAUCUAGCUCUCUGACAGUACACCAGAGGAAACACACAGGAGAGAAACCUUAUAGCUGUGGUCAAUGUGGGAGGAGUUUUACUACAUCUAGCUAUCUGACAGUACACCAGAGAAAACACACAGGAGAGAAACCUUAUAGCUGUGGUCAAUGUGGGAGGAGUUUUACUACAUCUAGCUAUCUGACAGUACACCAGAGAAAACACACAGGAGAGAAACCUUAUAGCUGUGGUCAAUGUGGGAGGAGUUUUACUACAUCUGGCCAUCUGACAGUACACCAGAGAACACACAGGAGAAAAAUAUCAUAGCUGUGACCAGAGAUAAUCUGUUAAAAGAUCUCUGAUCAAAUAUUAGAAAAUACAUACAUGAAGGAGUUGUUUCAUGAUUUCAAUGAAUUAAUGUCACAAUGUAGAAAGUUUUAACAUUGUAGUAGGAGUAUUUUAAUGAUGUCACAAUGUAGAAGCCUAAACGUUUCCCCCCCCUUUAUGAAUUGAUUUCAUAAUGAUAUGGAUAUUAGCCUCAGGGGAAAAAUCAGAGUCCGUGUGGUUUUUGAGCUGUUAGUUUUAACAGGACGUGCAACCUCAUCUCUCUCCUCUCGCACAAAUGAUUUUAGCAUGAUAUCGAUGAGUGAUGACAAAUAAGUGUUGCAUUCCCUUGUUUAGCGACCCCUAAAUUUAAAUGCAUCACUCCAAAAUGUAGCUGACUGUCUUCUGCAGGUUGUCCUCUAUCCAGUGAGGUAAAAUAUAUCUCCCAUUUCCAUUAGUUUUUUUUGUUGUGUCAGUUUCAACCGCACAUAAUUUCCCCCCUAAUCGAUAUCAGUGAUUUAUUGCUACUUGUCAAAACAACAGCAUUUUUGGUGCUUGUGCAUUUUAAAAGCUGCUUGUUUAAACAAAUACAAGAAAUAUGAUUGUUGUAGCAGAUGUUUGUGUACAUAGAACAUUUUAUGUUUAGGUUUUCAAUUAAUCCCAAACUGUUUCUGCAUAUUGGUUAUUGAUUUGGACACAUUAAAACUGUGUUUUGAUAUUGGGCUAUCCCACGUAGCAAAAUGUAAUUGAAAAGCCGUUGAAAAUAAGACUAUGCAACCAAAUAUUUCAUGUAACAUUUAGUAUUCAUAAUUAUUUAUAUGACCAACUGACAAUUUUUGCUACAAUUAUAUUGACAUUGUUUCCCUGCUUUUAGAAUAUCAGGGUUCAUUCUCAGAUGUGUCAACCCAAAUGUACUAGAGCAUGACAUUGGGGACUGGGCCCCGAUCCAACAACAUACCUAUCUAGUGAACCCUGAAAAAAGAGAGAACCCCCGCUCUGCAGUGAGGUGGAAAGUUACUACGGAUAUUGCAGGAGUUUCCUCUUGAAAUCAGACAUGUCCAUGGUAAGGACAACUUGGUUGCUGAUUUUCUCAAGGAUGGGCAGUCAAAAAGAUGUGUGUUUUGCGUUUAGCCAGUGUGUUGCCAUGGAUCACAAUUUAUUUUGACCACAUGUUUUUCGUAUUGGAGAUGAGUUUUGUUUGGGAUCGUUCCCCUAUUUGUAAUUGUUGAUAUUGUAGUUGAUUAUAAUGUGAAAUUGUUUUCUGUUAGUGGUCAGCAAACUUGUCCAACAAAAAUAUAAGAUGUAUUUGUCUUAAGGAGGAAGGUUUUACAGGCUUUGGUUUUUCCAUUUAUGUUUUGAGGUUGGACUAGCUUGUUAGCAUGUAGGGAGAACCGAUUGGUGUCAGUAUGUGUUACACCUGUGCUGGCUUGUCCAUCUCGUUGGUGGGAAGGUGUUUCACCUGAGCUGGUCCAGGUUCUAUUUAAGAGUGUCUAGCCCAGUGCUCCAGUUGUCUUGAUAGAUGUGGAAUGUCAACACAUUUAGUUGCUCCACUUUUUUGGUUUGCUUCCUGUCUUUAAUUUGGUGUGGGUUUUUCUUUUGUUUGCCUCUUCUUGGGCAGAUUUAGUGGGUCUCAUGGUGGGUGUCUUUUAGAGCCUCUCCUAAAAAACAGCUUAUAUUUUGGGUGGGAUGUUGCAUCCUAUUAAUAUUUUAAUCAAUGGCAUUUCCUUUCAAUGCUCAUUAGUCUUUCAGUGGUUAUUCUUAUGUUUUUUAUCUGCUUAUGUUUGUGUACUAAAUAUUUAUUUAUUUUUUCCUGUGAAGCCAUUGUGUUAUCAUGUCUGAAAUGUACUGUAUAAAUAAAGCUUGAUUUGAACAUAUUGCAAAACAAAUGAACCCAAUGACCAACCAAUCAACAGACUCUUGCUAAACCAAUGAAUAAAUAUGUGCAAAAGCAACACAUAUCUUGGUUAAUCUUAGUAUGAAAAACAGUAUAAACGCAUAUCUUCCUCUGUCAAAAUAGUGCUGGUAUGUAUGUUUAGUAUCACUGUUCAACCAACCCAGUUCAUUUGUUGAUAUAUUGAAAACAAACUAAGUUUGUUGUUGGUUUUUCUUUUGUUUCCCUCUUCUUGGGCAGAUUUAGUGCGUCUCAUAGUGGGUGUCUUUUAGGUCCCAGUUGUUACUAGUCAACUUCCAGUGGACACCCCCAUAGUGUCAUUUAGAACCCCUCCUAAAACCCACCUGUUUAGUUGUGGUUGUUGUCAUUGACUCUUGGUUAGUUCCCUCUUCUGUUUAAGUGACAUUUCUGGUUUUCUUGCUGGGAAACGUAACAACAAUGUAGUAAAACCAAGCUUAUAUUUUGGGUUGUAGCAUCCAGUUCUUGUUCAUCAAAGGCAUUUCCUUGAAAUGUUAAUUCGUCUUUCAGUUGUUAUUCUUCUGUUUGCUGUGUAUGUUUUUAUUUGUAUUUUUUCUGUGAAGUGCAUUGCGUUGCAUCCAUGUCUGAAAUGCGCUGGUUUGGUUUGAACAUAUUGCAAAAUAAAUGACCAACCAAUCAA